AUGUCAGUUCCCAGACAAUCCGGCUUGGAUGCAUUUUCGGGCCUCGACUUGUGUGCAGUUCCACUCGCCAGUCAUCCUGAUGGACUCCCCCCAAACUUCGAGAACCCGCCGUCCUUGAAAUCAGCCCUCAUUGCCAUGAUAGCAAUGAUGACUCCGUUUGCAAUCGUGAUCACCUCUGGGCGACUCUAUGCCAAUAGAACAGCUCUCAAGCUGGCAGACUAUUUCAUGAUCGUCGGUCUGGUCCUCAAUAUCUCAAUUGCAGGCAUUGUCCUCUCUUUAUCAAAGUACUAUCGCCACCCGUGGGACACCCCUAUUUGCUGGAUGGACGUGAGGUACCUCAAACUGGUCCUCACUGAGGUUCUGCUGGUUGGGCCUGCCCUCUUCUUCCCCAAAGCAGCUAUGUUUCUUUUUUACCUCCAAAUCUUUUCUGUCAAUAAAACUAUCAGGAUCGGCUCCAAAGUCGGCCUAGUAAUUGCGUUCCUGGCAUACUUUCCCCCAAGUCUUGCUCUCUGCUAUUUCGACGCUCCACACGUCGGACAGACUUGGGAGGAAUUGAUAUUGUCGGACCUUCCAACGAAAGGGAUUCCCGGUGGAAUUGCCAUUGGCGCUGCGUCUGUUGUCGUAGACAUCUAUGUUUUCGUCCUACCCCUGCCAACUCUUUUUUCUCUCAACAUGGCCCUGUCAAAACGAAUCCAGCUUCUAGCAUUGUUUGCAACAGCCUUCAUGUAA